UUUGCCUUAAACGAAAGAGUGAAAUUUAGCGGAAAUUGAGGCAGGUCCGAGGCUUCAUCAAAACCCGCCUCCUUUCAGCUCCAAUAGUUCCACAACCCAUCGCUGACGUCUACUCUCCUCUGCCCUGCGUUCACCAUCACUCUACUCCGACGUCACUUCCGUUAGGGAUUCAUGGCGUGCAUUUGUCCCAUUGAUUUACAGUUCGCUCCUGAAAUUUCUGCUCUUCUCCAGUCACCUCCUUCUCACGAAACCCAGGAAUAUUUUGAUAAUCUUAUAGCAGAAAGGCCAUGUCAUGGAGUCAAAGUUAAACUCGACGGCGAACUUGGAAAGGGAGUAUAUGCUGAUGCUGAAUUCAAAGACGGAGAACUUGUGCUAAAAGACCAAAUUCUAGUGGGUUCACAACACUCUACAAACAAGAUGGAUUGCUUUGUAUGUGGCUCUUGUUUCCGUUUCAUAGGAUCAAUUGAACUUCAAAUAGGGAGAAAGCUCUAUUUCAAAGGACUCGGUGCUUCCUCGAGCAAUCACUGCCCUAGUGACUCAUCUGAUGAGGAAGAUAACUCUUGUGCAAUAGAAGAUGCUAAUCUUGGAGAAUGUUCUGCUUCAGUCUCAAAGGGCGGAAUUGCACUUUCUCAGGAAUUUAUUGAGUCACUAAUGGGUGGUCAACUUUUAUUACCUUACUCUGAAAAGUUUUCCUUGCCAUCGCCAUGUCCCUGCCCUGGAGGAUGUGGAGAAGAGUUUUACUGCAGCAAAUCUUGUGCAGAUAUUGACUGGGAAACCUGUCAUUCCUUACUUUGUAGCAGUGAGAAGUCAAAGCCAUCAUGCCGGAGGGCACUAUCCAAGUUUGUAGAACAUGCAAAUGAUACAAAUGACAUCUUUAUUCUUGCGGCCAAGGUCAUUGCUAUGACCAGUCUGAGAUACAAGAGUUUGAAGGAAGCCCAUCUCAAAGAAGUAGGCAGUAUAGCACCAAGAGAUGCAACUGUUAAUUUAUCAUUACUUCUUGAAGCAUGGAAGCCAGUCUCUUUGGGGUACAAGAAAAGGUGGUGGGAUUGUAUUGCAUUGCCUGAAGAUGUUGAAAAUUGCAAUGAAGCUGUGUUUAGAUUGCAGUUGAAAGAGCUGGCGUUUGAGUCACUGCAGCUCUUGAAGGAAGCCAUAUUUGAUGAAGAGUGCGCACCUUUAUUUUCCCUGGAGAUUUAUGGUCACAUCGUUGGCAUGUUUGAGUUAAAUAAUCUUGAUUUGGUCGUGGCCUCUCCAGUUGAAGAUUAUUUCCUUUAUGUAGAUGAUCUUCCAGGAUCCCCAAAGAAGGCAGCUGAAGCUGUCACUCGGCCAAUACUGGACGCACUCGAUGAUGGUUAUUCGAUUUGUUGUGAAGGAACUGCUUUCUUUCCUCUGCAGAGCUGUAUGAACCAUUCCUGCUGUCCAAAUGCAAAGGCGUUCAAGAGAGAUAAUGAUAGGGAUGGCCAGGCGACGAUAAUUGCUCUACGUCCCAUUCAAAUAGGAGAGGAGGUAACCAUUUCAUAUAUUGAUGAGGACUUACCCUAUGAAGAGAGGCAGAAAUUACUUGCUGAUUAUGGCUUCAGAUGCAAAUGCCGCAAGUGCUUAGAGGAAAAGGCCAACUGAAAUUAUAAUAAGUACCUUUUACAUUUUUGUUAGGUCCAGAAAAGUUCUCUUUAUAGCAAGAUUUUGAUUGAGUUUCAAAAUAAAAGUUUUGUAGUUAAGCGUCAUUAGGGUUUUCAUUUCUUUGUUAGAUAAAGUACACUGCAUAGACAGUUGUAUUUCAUAGAGAUUUCAAGUAUAGAAGGUGGAUGUUGGACAGAUUGUUAUGGCUUAUACCUCUGAGUAUUUUAGGCUUCUAUUGGGCGAGGAUUUAAUUUAUAUUAUCAUGAUUUUCUAAAGAAAUAUUACUUUCAUUGA